AUGCCCGCCUUGCCUUCGCCCUCGCCGCCGACGGUCCAUUCCCGCGCCGCGCCUGCUCGAUCCACCCGACCUUCCACAGCCACGCCGACGUAUUCCRCCCCGAAGACCUCCCAGGGACGCGCAGCGGGAUCCACUACCACGCCGGCGGGAUUGCGGAGCGCCAAGGUUCGCGGUAGCGGGGAGCGAGAAGGUGGGCAGGGACAGACACAGAUCAAUGGACAUGGCAAUGCAAGAGCGGGACGGMGAGAAUCGGUGGCAGGAUCCAGCACAGGCACAGGUACAGGCACAUCGCUCGUACGGCGGGAGAGGGAGAGCGAAAAGCAGCCCAGCAAAGAUGGCACUGCGCAGAGACACGCGAAGGAGGUCGAGGGAUUGAAGGAUUAUCAACUGGGUCAAAUCCUCGGCCGGGGAGCAUUUGGCAGCGUCUACUGCGCCCUCAACUGGUCGACGGGCGAGACAGUGGCCAUCAAGCAGAUCCUCUUCUCCCAUCUCCCCAAAAGCGAGCUCAAUGUCAUCAUGCAGGAAAUCGACCUGCUGAAGAACCUACACCAUCCGAAUAUCGUCAAAUACCAUGGUUUUGUCAAAUCCGCCGACAGUUUGUACAUCAUCCUCGAGUACUGCGAACAGGGCUCGCUCCAUCAGAUUUGCAAAAACUUUGGCAAGUUUCCCGAAAACCUCGUGGCGUUGUACAUUGCACAGGUUCUGCAUGGCCUCCUCUUCCUCCACGAACAGGGAGUCAUCCAUCGCGAUAUCAAAGGCGCCAACAUCCUCACCACCAAGGAAGGCCUGGUGAAAUUGGCCGACUUUGGUGUGGCGACCCACUCCACUCCAUCGGGACAGGGCGCUUCGGAUGGAACCGUCGUGGGAACACCCUACUGGAUGGCGCCUGAAGUGAUUGAACUGGCGGGUGCCACCACCGCUUCCGACAUCUGGUCACUGGGAUGUACCGUGAUUGAACUCUUGGAUGGAAAACCACCCUACCACAAAUUCGCUCCUAUGCCGGCACUGUUUCGAAUUGUAAAUGACGACCACCCACCCCUCCCAGAAGGUGCCAGUCCGACGGUGCGAGAUUUCUUGAUGCAAUGUUUUCAAAAAGAUCCCAAUUUGAGGGUCAGUGCGAAGAAGCUUCUACGCCAUCCAUGGAUCGCUGGUGCCGUCAAAAAGGGUGCAAGGGAGAAGAAGGAAGAGGUGGGAGUGGAGUAUGAUCAAGCUGUCAAGAGUGUACAGCAAUGGAAUGAGGCGCUCAAGGCCAGUCCGCCGCGAACGACGGAAGCCAGUGCAGGUGGUAGUCGGAGAAUCUCCACCAAGCCUACAUCCCGUCCAUCCUCCAGACACGAUGCCAAAUCCGGUGCGGCGAAUCUCAGACCUGGCUCGAGGAGUUCCGCAAGUGGAACUCUUGGCAAGUCGGGCGGACGGAGUACACCCGUCACUGCGGCACUGGGCAAGCCUACUGCUCCACCAACACCAAAGCCUGCUUUUCGACUGGGACAAAGGCGAUCUCUGGCUGCACAAGCACAAGAGUCUUUUCAAUCUCCCAUCGACGUGGAAAGAGGAGACAACUGGGAUUCCGACUUUGAGUCACUGGCUGCGGGAGUAGAUGGGCUCGGAUUGAAGAUUCCCGAACAUCUUCGCCCGCAGGAUCACUUCAAAGGCGCUCUUAGUUCGGAGAAGUUGAAGCAGUAUGCCAACUUUGAUUCCAUUCCGGAAAUGGAUGGAAAGGUGGAAGAGUGGGAUGAGGAGUUUGAAGGUGAUUUGACCGUCCGCUCCCCGUUGGAGAUAUCAAGAGGUGAUGGUCUGCAAACGGUGAGACCUUUCUAUCCACCUAAAACUACAGAGGAUGAAAUCAGACAUCAACCACCGCCCAGAGCUGCGAGACGACCAUCUUCAAGUGCUGAAGACGAGGAUUACACUCACGGGCGGAAGAACUCGCAACCCAGGACACAGAUCCUCAAGCCUGCUGGGAAGCCUACUGGACCUCCAGCCCAGCCUGCAAAGUCUGUGAGCCACCCCACAUCAUUUGGCCGGGAUCGUUUCCGCGAGGAAGAUGAUGAAGACUACUCGGAUCUCGUCCCCAACGACGAAGUCGCUUUUCUCGAAAAGGUCGCUGGAUUCUCUCCCAAUCGACAGUAUCGGCCGGGCGAUUUGCAAUCCAUUCAGACCAAAAUCGGUGGAAGCAUGUCACGGAGAAGAACACAUACACCGACACAGAUGGUUCAUGAUGCGGCGGCCAUGCGAAGGACUAGGAGCUCUCUUGAGAUUCAAAAGUAUGCCGAAGACGAAGAUGACGAGGACUUUACAGAAUUGCUUUUUGAUGAACAACCGCCACAAGUUCAAGUCGUUUCGAGAUCACCAAAGUACGCGACGUCUAUGGGGAGUGAGUCGGCAAGUUCAGGGAGAGGGACUCUUAAGCUGAGCAAUUCAAUAUCUUGGGGUGACGAUGAAGAUGACGACGACGAUCCCUUUGCGGCACUUGAAGAAGAACUGGACGAGGUGGAUCUGGAGUCGAAUGUCGCUCGAGAUAAGCAUGCUCGACUUUGUGGUGUGGUGGAGGAGCUGGUGACAGAUCUCAAAUUAGGCCAACACGAGGAUGUCCUUGCAGAGAUUGUGGAGCAACUUCUCCAAAUCCUGGCAGAAUCACCCGACGUCAAGAGUGUGAUUGUCAGCAGUCAUGGAAUGCUCCCAAUCCUGGAGAUUCUGGAGACAGCUUCACGUCCACACAUCAUCUUCCGCUUGCUGAGGAUUGUCAAUUGUAUUCUGAUCGACAACAUCGAGGUUCAGGAAAAUCUAUGCUUCGUCGGUGGAAUUCCUAUCAUCACCAAGUUUGCACACAAGAAGUUCGCCAGCGAUAUCCGUCUGGAAGCUGCGGCGUUUGUAAGGAUGAUGUAUCAAACUCCGACACUCACAUUGCAAAUGUUUGUCAGCUGCGGUGGACUGAAUGUCUUGGUGGAGUUUCUCGAAGAGGACUAUGAUAGCGACGCUGGACGUGAACUGGUCUUGGUGGGAGUCAACGGCAUCUGGAGUGUUUUCGAAAUGCAAGGACCCACGCCCAAGAAUGAUUUCUGCCGCAUCUUCUCCCGUAGUGCAGUUCUCUAUCCUCUAUCGCUGGUGCUGAAUCGGGUCUUGGAUGAGGAAGACACCGAAGCCAGCGAGAUCAUCCAAGGCAGAAUUGUCAACAUCUUUCUACUCUUCUCUCAAGCGGAGAACCAUGUCAAGGAGACGGUGGCAGAUCGGAUGGUUCUCAAACGUGUGCUCAAGGACCUCCGGAGAAUGUCUCCUCAACACCAAAUCACCAUGCUCAAGUUCAUCAAAAAUCUCAGCAUGCUGGCCACCACGUUGGAUGCCCUCCAAAACAGCAACGCGAUUGAAGUCUUGACCGACUUGUUACAGUCUUCCCUCCAAGCCAAUACAAGAAUUCCAACAGUGUACUUUCGCGACAUCUCCAAUCAGGUCCUCAACACCAUGUUCAAUCUCUGCCGAUUGUCGAAAGAACGGCAAGAGGAUGCUGCAUUAUCAGGAGUCAUCCCGCUCCUCCAGCGUAUCGUCCAGACCGAAAGACCUCUCAAGGAAUUCGCCCUCCCUAUUCUCUGCGACAUGGCGCAUUCUGGGAAAGUCGGUCGAAAAGUUCUCUGGCAAUGUAGAGGUCUUUCCUUUUAUGUCGGCCUACUAGCAGAUCAAUACUGGGCUGUCACGGCGCUGGAUGCAAUCUUCAUCUGGUUGCAAGAAGAAACUGCCAAAGUCGAAGAACACCUCCUCGCUUCUACAUCCUCCAACAAGGAAGGGAAAGUCAGCGGUUUCGCAGAGGCAGUCGUCCGCUGCUUUAAUGAAAGCAAAGCCGACGCCUUUGAAAAUUUGCUGGAACCUCUGCAGAAGUUACUGCGCCUGAGUCCAGCCAUCGCAGCCAGUCUGGCAAGCAAAAGUCUCUUUGAACGAAGCGCCGUCAAAUUGCAUUCCAAAAAAGCUCUGGUGAGAUUGAAUUUGCUGCGAGUCAUUCGUUCCAUCUGCGAAUCCAYCGAACUGCAAGGAAAUGACAAUGGAUCUUUACUUGAAGAGUAUGGACUCUUACACGCGGUCAUGGAUCUCGCGAAGAGUGAUCCCGCAAUUCUGGUGCGGGAAAUGGCGAAUGAACUCGUCAAAAGCAGCGAGUAUGCCACUGCUGCUGCUGCCGCCGCGGCUGCCAUUUCCGCCUCCAACAAUUCCCACUCCAGAUCUAGCAGCUCUUAUAGUGGUAAUGGCGGGGGCGGAGCAGGACGAGCCGCGAAUAUGGGCUUGAGGAGGAGUUCGAGUAGUACUUUGGCGAGUCCGAUUUUGGGGGUCCCUCUGGCGGCCGGCUUCACUCCUGCGGGGACGACGCCGAAUUCCAUUUCCAACAGUACUAAUCCUACGAAUGGAUUGGGAUUGGGAGGCAGGGGAUAUUUCGACCUGGUGCCGAAUUUGGGAAGUGCCGUUAGUGCCGCGGCGAGGGAGAGGACUAGUCCGUAUAGGAAUUCUGGGGCUGUGGUGAGGCCUGGGAGUCGGGAUAGUAGUUCGGGGAGCACGGCGAGUUCUGCGGGUAUCGGGGUCAGUUGGGGCGCGAGUGGAAGUAGGAGGGAGAGUAUGCGGGCUUCUACUUUGCAGCAACAGCAACAACAGGGUUUACAAGUGCAGCAAACUCCUAUGACUACGACGACGACGGGUGGGAGGAGACCUGGGAGUAGUCGAUUGAGUCUUGCUCCUUCUACUACGACUUCUGAUGGGAGUGGUGGUGGGGAGUAUGGAGUGGGGAAGAGAUCUAGCGGGAGAGGAGGAGGAGGAGGGUCGGGUGAUGGUACUCCUACGCAUGCUCCCAUUCAUGGGGCGAGGAGUGCUGGGGCAUCUCAACCGCAGCAGCAGCAGGGGGGAAUGGUAUUGCAGAGGAAAAGGAGAGGUGGGGAGGGGAGUGUACGAUGA